AUGUUGAGAGCUAAGAAUACCCUCUUAAGAUCAACCAGGUUGUUCCAACAACAACAAUAUGUCAGAAGUUUCUCAUCAAACAACAUCAUAAGAUAUGCUGCAGCUCCUGAAUCUGGUCCUAAGCCCUUCACCACAGCCCUUGGGGUUCCAGCCCAAAGGUACUCCGCUGAGCCAGGGACUUUAGGUAAAACUACCUUUACUGAAGUCAUGGAUGAAGUAGACAUGACAUUUGGAAAGGAUGAUGAUCCUUCGAGAGUAGCCAAGCAAAACACCAAGAUCAGACAUUUCACCAUUAACUUUGGACCUCAGCAUCCAGCUGCUCACGGGGUGUUAAGAUUGAUUUUGGAAUUACACGGUGAAGAGAUUGUCAGAGCCGAUCCUCAUGUUGGUUUAUUACAUAGAGGUACCGAGAAGUUGAUUGAAUCUAAGACAUACAUGCAAGCCUUGCCAUAUUUUGAUCGUUUAGAUUAUGUUUCUAUCAUGACCAAUGAAUUGGUGUUUGCAUUAGCUGUGGAGAAAUUAUUGAAUGUCGAAGUUCCUAUUAGAGGGAAAUAUGUCCGUACAUUGUUUGGUGAACUUACCAGAUGUUUAAACCAUUUAAUGUCCGUUUGUUCGCAUAUUAUGGAUGUCGGUGGGUUGUCACCUUUACUUUGGGGUUUCGAAGAACGUGAAAAGUUGAUGGAAUUCUAUGAACGUGUUAGUGGUGCAAGAUUACAUGCUGCUUACGUCAGACCAGGUGGGGUAGCACAAGAUUUACCUGUUGGUUUAUUGGAUGACAUUUACAUGUGGGCCACACAAUUCGCAGAUAGAGUUGAUGAAAUUGAAGAAUUAUGUACAGAUAACAGAAUCUGGCAAGCAAGAACAAAAGAUGUGGGUAUUUUAACUGCUGAAGAUGCAUUGAACUAUUCAUUAUCUGGUGUUAUGGUUAGAGGUUCAGGUAUCCCAUUUGAUCUUAGAAAAGCCCAACCUUAUGAUGCUUAUGAUAAAGUUGAUUUUGAUGUCCCUGUUGGUUUGAAUGGUGAUUGUUACGAUCGUUAUUUGAUCAGAAUGGCUGAAUUCAGACAAUCUCUUAGAAUCAUUGAACAAUGUAUUAAUGAUAUGCCUCAAGGUCCUGUUAAGGUUGAAGAUUAUAAGAUUUCACCUCCACCUCGUGCCUUAAUGAAGGAAGAUAUGGAAGCUUUGAUCCACCAUUUCCUUUUAUUCACCAAGGGGUUCAGUGUCCCUGCUGGUGAAACUUAUACGGCCAUUGAAGCUCCAAAGGGUGAAAUGGCUGUAUUUGUUGUUAGUGAUGGUAGUGAAAGACCUUAUAGAUGCAGAAUUAGAGCACCAGGUUUCGCUAACUUGGGUGCAUUUGAUCAUAUUUCCAGAGGUAAUUUGUUGGCAGAUGCAGUUGCUAUAAUUGGUACCAUGGAUAUUGUGUUUGGUGAAGUUGAUCGUUAA